AUGCUAACAAACUGCGAGCAUGGAAAUCUUGCCACAGGCACCCAGCAAGUAGCCAGUACCGGUGCAACCAGUCUAAAUAGCACAGCCAUAGGAAUUGGUGUUGGAUUGGGAGGAGCUUGUCUCUUGAUCGCUGCUAUCAUAUUCAUUGUUUUGUUGUUAACAAAAAAAUCUCGUAAACCGGUUCAUCCAGUCUUUGGAGGUUACGAAAAUGAGGCUAUCCAGGAGAGGACUGUUGACUUCCCGGAACCUGCUCCUAAUCCAAUAAAAGUGGCCAACCUUUUACAAUUUCUGAGAGAUAGAAAAUCAAACAAAAGCUUAUUUUUUGAUGAAUUUAAGUCUCUUCCUCCUGUCAACCCACCACGAAUCAAAAGCUGCAGCGAAGCGGUUGAAAACGCUUCCAAAAACCGAUUCAUGGAUAUUCUACCAUAUAACGAAGACAGAGUGAAACUAAUUGGCUCAUCUUGUGAUUACAUCAAUGCCAGCUACAUCGAUAGUUACAGUAGAAAAAACGCCUUCAUUGCCACGCAAGGUCCUCUGCCUCAGACCUGCCACGAUUUUUGGCUGAUGGUGUGGGAGCAAAAUAGCAGCAUCAUCAUCAUGGUGGCCAAUUUAUUUGAAGACGGUGCGCCUAAAUGUGCACCAUACUUCCCCUUCUUAAACAAGCUUGGCGAACCGUCUGGUGACCUCACUUUUGACGACAUCACUAUCCUACUAACUUCUCAGGAAAAAUGCAACGACUACAUCGUCAGGCAGUUCAGCGUUCAGAAAGAUGGUGAAAGCAAAAGCGUCAAACAGUACCAUUAUACUGAGUGGCCGGACAAAGGAGUUCCAAACAGCUGCUCUUCCAUUCUAAAAUUUUAUGAGGCUUCCAUUAAAAAUAAUUCCUCCAUGGAAGAACCAAUCAUAACCCAUUGCAGUGCUGGAGUUGGACGGACAGGGACUUUACUGGCUAUCGGUAUUUUGUUGGAGCAAGCUGCCGAGGAGGGCUGCAUCGAUGUGAGGUUUCAUGUGGACAGGAUGAGGAGGAGGAGGAUGGCUAUGGUUCAAGUUGUGAGACCUAUCAUCAAGCACACGAAACUUGUGGUAGUCUUCGAGUUUUGGACAGACAAUAUUCGAACCGUGUCAUUAACAACAGCGCAAAAUGAUCAGUAUUUGUUCACAUAUGCAGCAGUCAUAGAGAAGUUGCUGGUCGGAGAUGUUUCUUCAACAAAGAAAGACUUCAAAGAAAGAUUUCUGACCCUCGAAACUCCUAACCAUGCGGGCGAUUGCAGUUUGAAACUCCAACAUGAGUUGCUUGAAGCCCUGAAGCCCAUGUACCUACCCAGAAAUUUCACUCAUGGUACAAAUCCGGCGAAUAGGAAUAAAAAUAGAUUUUCAAAAAUAUUACCAGUUGACGAUUUCAAGCCUUUCAUUAAAGUAGAUAACCUGAGAGAAAAUGAUUUUGAUGAAAAUUACAUAAACGCUAUAUUCGUUCAGGGCUUCAAGAAACAAGACAAGUUCAUCGUUACCCACAUGCCGAUGAAGUCGACGGAGAACAUGUUUUGGGCCUUAGUGAAACAGUACAACUGCUGUGCUAUUGUCAUGCUCAAUGAGUGCUUGCCAGAUGAACAAAAUUACUGGCCUUCAGAUGGACAAGCGUUAUCAUUUGGCCCACUCACCAUCUUGAACACUGGAGAAAUCUCCAGUGAAGAUGUCUUUGUGUCAAGCUUAAAAGUUUCUGAAGUUUCUAUAAAUAAGAGCUCUUCCCUCAAAUCCUCCUCCUCCUCCUCGAACUCCUGCGAAGUAUCGCCUGCCAACUACCUUUCAUUCUCCAAUCAAUGCAUUGAAAUGGAGCCUCUAAACGACACUCGCAUAUCCUCGAAGCGAAUUUCUUCAGACCCCUCGGCCAUCGACGUUAGACAUAUUCGUGUAAAUAAUUGGAAGGAAGGCAUAAGUGCAGGGGAAAAAAAGAUGGCGCUGUUGACGCUCGUAUCCGAAGUUUCCAAAUGUUUGCAGAGAAGCGCCAAUCCCUCCGUUCUUAUUCAUUGUCUGAAUGGAGCAGAGAGAAGUGGUUUGUUCUGUGCUCUUUUGAACACCAUCGAUAAAUACGAAGCCACUAAAGAAAUUGAUAUUUUCAAUUCAGUCAAGUUGAUUCAGAAAUCUAGACCUGAAUUUGUCAGCAGCAUGGAGCAGUUGAAGACUUUGUACGAAAUUGUCGAUGAAUACAUAUCAACUUCCCAAUCAUGA